AGGUCGGCAUCUUUCUUCCCCGCCCGGCCAUUGUUCGUGCCGCGCUUCUAGCAACGCCGGGCUAGUAAUCCCCUCUCCCUCCUUGCGCGUUCCGGGUCUCGCGCCUCCAGGGUUUGUCUUGAAGCAUAGCUCCAGCUGGAGGGUACCUUUUAAGCUGUUCAAGGUCAAGAUGAAUACAAACUCAAAGGAGGUUUUAUCCCUGGGUGUUCAAGUUCCCGAGGCAUGGGAAGAACUUCUGACAAUGAAAGUGGAAGCAAAAAGUCACCUUCAAAGGCAGGAAUCUAGACUGAAACGCAAUAAUCCACUGGCGAGGGAAAUCUUCCGAAGGCACUUUCGACAGCUGUGCUACCAAGAGACCCCUGGACCAAGGGAGGCUCUUACCCGACUCCAGGAACUUUGCUACCAGUGGUUGAGGCCGCAUGUGAGCACAAAGGAGCAGAUUUUGGAUCUGCUGGUGCUGGAGCAGUUUCUAUCCAUUCUGCCCAAGGAGCUCCAGGGCUGGGUGAGGGAACACUGUCCGGAGAGUGGAGAAGAGGCUGUGAUUUUGCUGGAGGAUCUGGAGAGAGAGCUCGAUGAACCACAACGUGAGAUGGUGGCCCACAGACACAGACAAGAAAUCCUCUGUAAAGAGAUGGUGCCUCUAGCAGAGCAGACACCACUGAGCCUUCAGUCCCAGCCUAAGGAGCCACAGUUCACAUGUGACUCUGCUCAGAAGUGCCAUUCUAUUGAAGAGACAGACUUCUCCCUGAGUACCAUCCUGGAAGCUCUCUGGACUUCUGAUGCAUGGUACAUGAGGAAGGCUUUCAGGGAUCACUGUGGAGCACAGCUUCAGAGAAUGGACUUCAAGCUAAAAGGAGGAGGAGAAACACGGCCUAACAACAGAGGAGUCCUAAGAGAUGAACUAACCAAGACUGAGGACAGAGAGUUGGUGCUAAGGAAAGACUGUCCUAAGAUAGUGGAACCACAUGGGAAAAUGUUUAAUGAGCAGACCUGGGAGGUAUCACAGCAGGAUCCCCCACAUGGAGAAGUUGGUGAACAUAAGGAUAGGAUAGAGAGGCAGUGGGGAAACCUCUUAGGAGAGGGGCAACACAAAUGUGAUGAAUGUGGGAAGAGCUUUACUCAGAGCUCAGGUCUCAUUCGACAUCAAAGAAUUCAUACUGGAGAAAGACCUUAUGAAUGUAAUGAAUGUGGGAAAGCCUUCAGUCGAAGUUCUGGUCUUUUUAAUCACCGAGGAAUCCACAAUAUACAGAAACGGUACCACUGUAAGGAGUGUGGGAAGGCCUUCAGUCAGAGUGCGGGUCUUAUCCAGCAUCAGAGAAUCCACAAAGGAGAAAAGCCGUAUCAGUGCAGCCAGUGCAGUAAGAGCUACAGUCGGCGUUCAUUUCUCAUUGAACAUCAGAGAAGCCACACAGGGGAGCGACCUCACCAGUGCAUUGAAUGUGGGAAAAGCUUUAAUCGACACUGCAACCUCAUUCGCCAUCAGAAGAUCCACACAGUGGCUGAGCUGGUCUAGGGCUUGCUAUGAACAAGUUUUCCAGAUCACUAGCCAAGUCGUGUGGGGUAGGUUGAGACUAGAAAAUGCCUGUCUCUUCAUUUCUCCAUGAAGUGUGUUUGAAACAAAUACUGACUUAUGGCCCAGGGACUUCCUUAAAGGAAAGUUGGGUGUUUGAAGCUACUGUUUUCUCUUUUGUUUGUUUUACCUCUUUCUUAUUCUUACUAGCUGUGUCCCUCUUAUUUAUUAUUUAUUUAUUUUUUUGAGAUGGCUGCUAAACCCUUCUAAUAAUAUAAUAAAUGACACUGCCACAGCCAA